UAGUGAGCGAUGGGCUCCUAGAAACGGAUCAAACUCAGUUGAGUGUGUGGAACCAAUCUUCGAACUUGCAAGUUUAUCCAGCUAGGCAGAUCACAAUUCUAACGGUGUGGAAAGAAUUAGUUUCCGGAGUAGCCUAGUAGGCGUUUUUGAACAGCUUUUCCUAUUACUUCUCUUUUGAGCCGGGAAAAACGUAGUAAAAUAGCCUAAUGCGCCCGGAGCUGAACACUGACUGAGUUGUUGGAAAGUGAGAUGGAAAAACACGAGGAUUUACGGACUUCAACUUUGCAUCAACCUAAUGUGAUCUAACAAGGACUUUUGGGAAUCGGCAAGAAAUUACGAAUUCCCAUUUCAAGUGAUAGGCAUACAUUUGUUUAUAUAACGAAGAAGCAGGGGCUGCUAUCAUGGCGGUAAGGAGAACCUGGGGGUGGAUUUGGAUAACGGGCUUUGCGCUGGUCAAUGUGUCCCUUCUGCUGGAGCCGUGCACCGGUCAGUAUCAUAGCGAGAAGGGCAUUUCUAUACCAGAACAUGGUUUUUGUCAGCCAAUUUCCAUCCCGCUAUGCACGGACAUUGCAUAUAAUCAAACCAUCAUGCCGAAUCUCUUGGGACACACAAACCAGGAGGAUGCGGGGUUGGAGGUCCAUCAGUUUUACCCGCUCGUGAAGGUCCAGUGUUCUAUGGACCUCAAGUUCUUCCUGUGUUCCAUGUAUGCGCCGGUGUGCACCGUUCUAGAACAAGCCAUCCCCCCAUGCCGAUCACUGUGCGAGCGCGCACGCCAUGGCUGCGAGGCGCUCAUGAACAAGUUCGGGUUUCAGUGGCCAGAGAGACUCCGGUGCGAGAAUUUCCCCGUGCACGGCGCUGGGGAGAUCUGCGUGGGUCAGAACACAUCAGACACGGACAUCGCUACUUCGGACCCUCCUCCCUUCCCUCCUGAGCUCAUGACCUUACCCCCUCACCUGGUCCGCCCUGCAGCCCAGCCAUUCUCUUGUCCCCUUCAACUUCAGGUCCCAGGCUACCUCAACUACAAAUUCAUGGGUGUGAACGACUGUGGUGCCCCAUGCGAGUCCACCAAGCCCAAUGGGCUGAUGUAUUUUCGUGAGGAGGAACUUAAAUUUGGCAAACUCUGGGUGGGCAUCUGGUCGAUCCUGUGCUGUGUGAGUACACUGUUCACUGUGCUCACGUACUUGGUGGAUAUGAGGAGGUUUCGCUACCCGGAGAGACCCAUCAUCUUCCUCUCGGGCUGCUACUUCAUGGUGGCGGUGGCCUACACGGCCGGCUUCUUCCUGGAGGAUAAGGUUGUCUGCAUAGACAAGUUCAAAGACGACGGUUACAAGACCGUGGCCCAGGGCACGAAGAAAGAGGGCUGCACCAUCCUCUUCAUGAUCCUCUACUUUUUCGGCAUGGCCAGCUCCAUCUGGUGGGUCAUCCUGUCCCUGACCUGGUUCCUGUCCGCCGGGAUGAAGUGGGGUCACGAGGCCAUCGAGGCUAACUCGCAGUACUUCCACCUAGCAGCCUGGGCGGUACCAGCGGUGAAGACCAUCACGAUCCUGGCCAUGGGGCAGGUGGAUGGGGACCUCCUCACAGGGGUGUGCUACGUGGGGAUCUACAACGUGGACUCGCUCCGAGGAUUCGUCCUGGCCCCCCUGUUUGUUUACCUCUUCAUCGGAACUUCCUUCCUGCUGGCUGGCUUCGUGUCCCUGUUCCGGAUCAGAACCAUCAUGAAGCACGACGGCACCAAGACUGAGAAACUGGAGAAGCUGAUGGUGAGAAUAGGGGUGUUCAGCGUGCUCUACACGGUCCCGGCCACCAUCGUCAUCGCCUGCUACUUCUACGAACAGGCCUUCCGCGACCACUGGGAGAAGACCUGGCACAUGCAGACGUGCAAGCGUUUUGCCGUGCCGUGCCCGACCAAUAACUUUGCCCCGAUGACCCCGGACUUCACCGUGUUCAUGAUCAAGUACCUGAUGACGAUGAUUGUGGGGAUCACAUCCGGGUUCUGGAUCUGGUCCGGGAAGACGUUACAGAGCUGGUGUAGGUUUUACAAACGGCUCAGCAACAACAACCAAGGAGAGACGACGGUAUGAUCUUUUAAAGCAGCAUGUGGAGGAGUAAUAUGUCGUUUUUUUUUAUUUUUAUUUUAUAAAACUUGACCUAGCAUAUCCCAACUCCUAUGGGACAUUUGAACUCUGGCAAAACUGCUUCUGACUUUUGAGAAUGUCCCUCCUGACAGACCGACGAGCCAUUGACAGGGACUGUUUUUUUAGUUUUUUUUUGAGCGGUUUGACAUUUCCAUUACCCCCAUUUCAAAUUGCAAAUGAAAAUUUUAUAACCUCAUUUAAACGUGACUUUUAAACCACAUUGUGCAACAGUGAUUUCAUAGUGGCAACAGACAAAGGAUUUGUUUUGACAUGAACUUUUCAUAUUUCAAAAAUGUUUUUCAGCUAUUUUGUAUAAUGGAGUGAGUUUGUCAACCAAAGAAAAACCAGGAUACAGAACUAAAGUCUGACAAGACCAAUGUGUCUUAUGUUUUUCUCUGGUCAGGUUGAAAGGAAUGUUUUUUGGAAUCACUGUGUUUUGCUAGUUCUUCUGUACAACUCUUAAUGUAAAAUGUUUUGCUAAGUGUGGCUGGUGUUACCUUUAGACUAACUUGAAAGCAUCUCAGUAGAACAAUCAUCAUGGUUCAGACACAGAUAGCAAAUACACUUGCUUUUUGUGUUGGAUUACGUGUGUGUGCGUGCAUGUAUGCGGCGCGUGUGUGUGUGUGCGUGCGUGUGUGUGUGUCAGUCACACGGCUCCCUUUUACUCAUCUAGUGCACUAAGUUUGACCAGAGGCCUGUGGUGACCAUGUCCACUACAUGGAGAAUAGGGAGUCUUUAGGGAUAUAAUCUAGCUUUAAGAUGUUGCUAUUAAAUUGACACGUUACAGGUCACAUUGUAAAUAUACACUUUUUUUUUUAAACAUAUGUAUUUAUAAUAAUUAUAAUCUUGAUGUUUCUACUUGAUGUUUCUUAAUGCAAUAUGGCUUGUAUCUGUACAGUUUCACAGAAUAAAAUGCUACAAUUUUU